UAUAGUUUAAGACAUGGCAGGUAUGCUUAUGCUUUAAUUGAUUUGAAUUUCAGAAAUCUAAGGUAUUUAUGCAAAGAGAAACUAGAAUGGGUUAGCAUCAGAACAGUUAGGCGAUUUCUUGAACUUUGAACUUCCACAUCAUAGUAUGAAGUUGUUUCCAAGAUAAGAAAUAGAAUAAAUUCUCUCCUAAGGACUGGUCUGAAUCUCUGAUUGCCCAGAGACUAACUCAACUGAGAUCAUGGCGUUUGAUGGUGCUUGGAAAGUUGACCGAAGUGAGAACUAUGACAAGUUCAUGGAAAAAAUGGGUAUUAAUGUGGUGAAAAGGAAGCUUGCAGCUCAUGAUAAUUUGAAGGUGACAAUUACACAAGAUGGAAACAAAUUCACAGUCAAAGAAUCAAGCAAUUUUAGAACCAUUGAAAUUGUUUUUGAACUUGGUGUCACCUUUAAUUACACCUUAGCAGAUGGAACUGAAGUCAGUGGGGCCUGGAACAUUGAGGGAAAUAAACUUGUUGGAAAAUUCAAACGGCUGGACAAUGGAAAUGAACUGAAUACUGUCCGAGAAAUUGUAGGAGGUGAAUUAGUCCAGACUUAUACAUACGAAGGAGUAGAAGCCAAGAGGAUCUUUAAAAAGGAAUGAGCAUUGUUCUUGGAGCAGGGCCAAGAAUAAAACUUGGAUGAAAGAUCUAUAUUGCAACAAAACUGUUUUGCUUUCCUCAUGAAAUAUAAGGUUACUGACUGAUUAAUCCUUUUAUAAACAUUGAUGUAUUUUCAGUCUUGCCAAAGCAAAAGAAGUAAACACUAAUUUGGAUUUAAUGUGUUUUUCAUUAUUUAAGAUAUGCACUUAUUGGCCUU